CCAGCACCCGAUUGAAAUAGGGGCCGUCGAGGUGUCCUCCCCUCCGACCUGCGUCAAGGAAAUCUACUCCUUUUUCUGCCCUCGUCAAGCUGUUCACUUUUCCUUGAAAAUGGUCAAACAAGCUCGACUUCCUCUUCUACUUGCAGAAGCAUUGCCUUGUCGCCUAGACCGUAUUCAGGCCAAAUUUACGGAGCAAUGCAAAGAUCUGAAACCGGACGCCUUUCUCCAGCUUACAGUUCUUCUCAGCCAGAUUGAACACAUAGUUGGAAUUCAUUACACACCAGGAGUUUCAACAUCAGCUAGCACAAAACCUACUUGCGUCGUCUGCGGCCGAUCAUACUCAAGAAUAUCUUCCCUGAACUCUCAUAUCUCGCUAGCCCAUCAGUAUCUGCGGCGGAUCAUUGAAGCCAGAUCUUGCAAUUCUUGCGACAAUGAAUUCGACUCCCCAAGGCAACUUGUCUACCAUGAGAGAUCGAUUCACAAGGCAGCGUAUCUGUCCAGAGCAGACUUUAUCUGGCCAGGAUUUGAACAACUGAACUCAAGAGAAGCGCAGAAGUCUUUCCUGAGAACCCUGGCAGGCGAUGAGGAAGAGCCAAAAGUUUAUGAAUUUGUGGGGGAAGCAGCUGACACAAAACGGACAACUUUAGAGCCGGGGGAAGCGGUAGAAGGGAGACGUUUUGAUGAGCAAUAUUCUAUCAGCGGUGACGGACAUUUGCAAUACGAUUUAGGGUAUUAUGGGGAUAUAGACUCCUGGUUACUACCGUAUUCACCGGCUUGUAACGGAUCCGUCUGAUGUCUCCAUGUUUCUUGAGCGGAAGUACUACACAUCCCUAGUCAAUCAAACGGUCGUUGUUGCAAAUAUACUAUCUCGGCCAAAAUU